AUGGGUUGUUUCGUGUCGACAUUAGACCACGGUGAAACAAGCGCAACAGUUAUUGAUAGCGGCGCCAGCAAGUCCGGAUCCAGCAGCCAUAAUAAAUCCUCUUUCCAAACCGCCGGUACCUCGCAAACCUCCGACAAAUUUGUGUCUGCCGACAGUUCAAGCACGAACCUAAGUGCCAACGACAGUGCCAGUGCCAGCGCCGUUCCCAACCCCGCGAACCUCGUCCCGAGCUCCCUGCGACAGUUUACGUUCGCCGGACUUGAGUCUGCGACGAGCAAGUUCCAUCGGCGAAACUGUAUUGGCGAAGGCGGGUUCGGAGUCGUGUACCGGGGGGUGCUUCAGCCGGGUCCGAAUGGGCUUGGCGCGGAGCCGACGGAAGUGGCGAUUAAGAGGAUGCGCGAGGCGAGCGAUCGGUACACGGAAGAGUUUCUGAAAGAAGUGAUUGUGCUGGGGCGACUGUCGCACCCCCAUCUUGUGCGUCUGCACGGCUACUGCAUGGAGCGAGACGAAGCUCUGCUCGUGUACGAGUUCAUGACUGGAGGGUGCUUGCACCGCGCGCUAUCGGACAGUGCGAGCGGGGAGCUGUUCUUCAGCUGGAACAUGCGGCUCAAGGUGGCGGUGCAGGUAGCAGAGGCUCUCGCAUACAUGCACGGACUGAACUUCAUUCACCGGGAUCUUAAAGCCGCCAAUGUGCUGCUGUCACCGGACUACGAUGCGAAGCUGACAGACUUUGGGAUGGUGCGUGUGGGGCCGGAGGGACAGCUGGAGUCGAUUGUGUCAACGCGCAUCAUGGGCACUGAGGGGUACAUCGACCCCACCUACAUGGAGACAGCACUCCUUGGCGUUUUUCCUGUUGAACUUUACUCUUAUCCUUGCUCCCUUUCCCGACCCUUCCCCACUCUUCCCCUCUCUCCAUCCUCUGUUCCUCUCUCCAUCCUCUGUUCCUCUCUCCAUCCUCUGUUCCUCUCUCCAUCCUCUGUUCCUCUCUCCAUCCUCUGUUCCUCUCUCCAUCCUCUGUUCCUCUCUCCAUCCUCUGUUCCUCUCUCCAUCCUCUGUUCCUCUCUCCAUCCUCUGUUCCUCUCUCCAUCCUCUGUUCCUCUCUCCAUCCUCUGUUCCUCUCUCCAUCCUCUGUUCCUCUCUCCAUCCUCUGUUCCUCUCUCCGUCCUCUGUUCCUCUCUCCGUCCUCUGUUCCUCUCUCCGUCCUCUGUUCCUCUCUCCGUCCUCUGUUCCUCUCUCCAUCCUCUGUUCCUCUCUCCAUCCUCUGUUCCUCUCUCCAUCCUCUGUUACUCAGGACACCUGGGGGCCAAGAGUGACGUCUACUCCUUUGGCGUUCUCCUGCUAGAGCUGGUAACCGGCAGGAGAGUGGUCGACGAGGGGAGCAAGAUGGUCACCGAGUGCCGAUCACGCCUUUCGGAUCUCUCACUUAAAGCCGCAGAAUAUGUCGAUCCCCAUCUUGGUAACCAGUACCCGGAGCUGGGCGCCCGAACCUUGGCGACUCUGGCUCGGCACUGCGUGGCAGAGGCUCGGUCGAGCCGGCCGGACAUUGGGAGUGUAUUGGAAAAGCUCAAGUUAUUGGUUAAGGCAUGUGCAAAUGCUGAAGCAAAAGCGGCAGCUAAAGCUGCAGUGUUGGAGGCAGGAGAAUCAGGCUCGGUUGAACGGGGGGAUACGGAGGUGAAUGGGGGUGAAGAGGGGUCGUCAGCAGCUGUGGCACCAGUAUUGGUUGAUGGUUGA